AAGACUCAGAAACUACGCAACGUGUGUUAGCAUGCGACUACCAGAUUGAAGUCAAGUGCAUGCCAUUAACAGUUAAUCUGAGAAACCAUAAAGUACAGAUUUUGAAGCUUGGAUCACCAUGGCGGGGUUGGAAGAAUUAAAAAAGAAGAUAACACCUUUGUUUGAUGCUGAGAAGGGCUUCUCAUCUGAGUCAUCAGUAGACCCUAGUGAUUCUUAUAUGCUGUCGGAUAGUGGAACUGUUAACUUAUUGAGUAGAUCAUAUGGAGUGUACAACAUUAAUGAGCUUGGAUUGCAAAAAUGCACAUCUUGGGCAGUGGAUGAAUCAGAUCAUUCUGAGAAGACAUACAAGUGUGCAUCCCACGAGAUGAGGAUUUUUGGAGCAAUUGGUAGUGGCGCAAGUAGUGUUGUUCAGAGAGCAAUUCAUAUUCCUACUCACAGAAUUAUUGCCUUGAAGAAAAUUAAUAUUUUUGAAAAGGAGAAAAGACAACAGCUUCUUACUGAGAUCCGGACACUUUGUGAGGCACCUUGUUAUGAGGGUCUUGUGGAAUUCCAUGGGGCAUUCUAUACUCCUGAAUCGGGGCAAAUAAGCAUAGCUUUGGAAUACAUGGAUGGAGGGUCAUUGGCAGAUAUCUUAAGAUUGCGGAAAAGUAUGCCGGAACCAGUUCUUUCAUCCAUGUUUCAGAAACUUCUGCAGGGACUAAGCUACCUGCAUGGAGUCAGACAUUUGGUUCACAGAGACAUUAAGCCUGCAAAUCUGCUUGUAAAUCUCAAAGGAGAGCCCAAAAUAACAGAUUUUGGAAUAAGUGCUGGCCUGGAGAAUUCAAUGGCAAUGUGUGCUACAUUUGUUGGAACUGUUACGUACAUGUCACCUGAGCGAAUUCGGAAUGAGGGCUAUUCUUAUCCUGCUGAUAUUUGGAGUCUUGGUCUUGCUCUCUUCGAGUGUGGUACAGGAGAAUUUCCAUAUACAGCUACUGACGGACUAGUCAAUCUUAUGUUGCAGAUCUUGGAUGACCCAUCUCCAUCACCACCAAAAGACAAAUUUUCACCAGAGUUCUGCUCAUUUGUUGAUGCUUGUCUGCAGAAGGAUGCAGAAGCUAGACCAACAGCAGAGCAGCUUCUUGUUCACCCAUUUAUCAAAAACUAUGAACAUGCUAGAGUGAACUUGGCAUCGUUUGUUAGAAGUGUUUUUGACCCAACACAACGGAUGAAAGAUUUGGCUGAUAUGUUGACGAUACACUAUUACUUACUUUUCAAUGGAUCUGAUGACCUAUGGGAGCACACAAGGGGCCUAUACAAUGAAGGUUCAACUUUUAGUUUCUCAGGAAAUCAAUUUGUUGGUGCAAAUGACAUCUUUGCAAAACUGUCAAAUAUAAGGAGCACGUUAGCAGGUGAUUGGCCCCCCGAGAAACUUGUGCAUGUUGUGGAAAAACUUCAUUGUCGUGCUCAUGGUCAAGAUGGCAUAGCAAUUCGAGUCUCAGGAUCCUUCAUUGUUGGUAAUCAGUUCCUUAUAUGUGGUGAUGGCCUACAAGUAGAAGGCAUGCCAAAUUUCAAAGAUCUUUCCAUUGACAUCCCUAGCAAGCGAAUGGGUACAUUUAAGGAACAGUUUAUCAUAGAGCCAGGCAAUUCCAUCGGUCAUUACUUUAUAGCUAAACAAGAGCUUUAUAUCAUCCAAUAAAGUAAUGAAAAGAACAGUCUUCUUUGAGGAUAGUUGAUUACUGACACGUUAACAACUGUAUGCAUACGUAACUGUUGAAAAAUAAAGACUUGUUUUUAUAUAUCUGGAUAAAUUAUUUUACGUUGGUUUUCGAAAAGUUUGGAUAAAUUACAAUGCAUCAA